AUGUCUUCUACAAUCCGGAUCGUCGUCUCUGACGGUGGCCUAGCGGGAGCACCGCUUCUUCAUGCCCUUCUUCCCCAUAAACACCUGGAUGUGCGCAUCUUCGAAUCAGCCUCGGCCUUCAGAGAGGCCGGCAUGGCCGUCGGAAUCACUCGAAAUGCCCUCGCAGCCUCGAGCUCAUUAGCCUAUCAGCAGUGCAAUGCCUCGAAGCAGUGGGAGCUGUUCUCAUGCAAGGAGUCUGAUUUAUGCUGGCUGAAGCAUUGUCCACCAGGCAGCGUUCCUACGGGAAUUGCUAUCCGGCUCCCCCCGGAACGCAUGCAUGCUUCUAAGAAGCUCGAACGCUUCGACCUUAACGGCGAUGGCUCUCUCACGCUGCACUUCGCCGAUGGCACAAGUCACGAGUGCGAUAUCCUGAUCGGCGCGGACGGUCUUCGCAGCACGGUUCGUAGGCUGAUCCUCCGCGAGGACGAACCUGCAGCUUUUCCCCGGAAUACCAGUGCGUGGUGCGUCAUGACAUUGCAGCCGUCUGCUCGCGCUCAGGCCAGAAUCUGCACGGGGCCGGGUAGCAUUGAGAACGACGCUCGCGAGUACAUGUGGAUUGGUGAUCGGGCUUACUUACUGCACAAUGUCUUGCACGGGGGUGAGCUGAUGCAGGUCGUUAUUUCCUCGUACAGAAAUGAUGCAGAAUCGUCGGACCGCUGGCAUCGGACCGUGAGUGCCGAUGAGAUCAAGGAGCUCUACCACAAAUGGCCGCCGCAUUUGUCCAGGGCACUAUUUUGUGAGCAGCCUAAACAGCCAGCCAUGUACAUCUGGGAACAUCCACCCACAACGACCUACGUGGCUGGUCCUGUCUGGAUUGUGGGCGACGCUGCCCAUGCCACAACGCCCUGGCAAGGCUCAGGUGCUGGCAUCUCGAUCGAGGACAGCCUGAUCCUUUCCACGUUGCUCGGCCGCGCAAGCACCACCGCAGAGGCGCGGACUGCGUGGCAGGCGUACGAUCAGGUCCGCCGCCUGCGCACGCAGCGUAUCGUCGAGUCGAGUCGGGCUACCGGCCUAAUUCUUUGCGGGUCGAGAGAGGAAACCAGGCUGGGCUUGCGGAGUCUGAGAUCGAGCUUGUUGCCGAGAUGGGAUUUCAUCGUAGAUUGCAAUAACAAGAAGGACCGUAAUGAGGCAGUCGAGCUGAUGGAGCGGGCAUUGAAGCCCUAAGACUAGAACCUGGUUACAAGGCAGACUCGGAUGAUACUUCCUACGCGGCCACAUUGAGCCUAAUUGCUUGCCAAUCCUAACUUGAGAUCAUAACAGUAUCGUGUCAUAUAAGAAUCAAUCGAUAUUUACC